CUUCGACAUCGAUUUUUUUCGCUCUGGUUGUAGCCAAGAAAAAAGCGACAAUAUCCAGAGACACCUCCAAGAUGCUGGGCCAUUUUGCACGAAGAACUGGGGCAGCUGCCCGCACUACGACAAGCUCCGCUCUCCGGAAUCCGGUACAGGCAGUGGCCUGCAGAGGGUACAACUAUGUUUGGAUUAGGGACGGUGUUUCUAUAUGCAUUUUUAGUUCCAAGGAAGAACAACGACAACUGAGGAUGCGCAGUGUCAUGCGAAUGAACGAAAGCAAAGCAAAUCCUUCGAGAGCGAGAGUGAAUUUGCGUUCUUGCGGUUGCGUGUGUCCAAACAGGUUCGCCAUGAGCAAGCCAGAGGUGACGAAAAAGCUGCAAAACUACCACGACCAGCUCCUCGGCACCAACUGGGGGGAUUACCUGGAAUUGGUGGCAAUUGCAUUUUUUUUGUCUGAAUUAUUACAUGCGCUCUUGGCAUGUCCAUGUUGACAACGUCAGAGACAAACAAGAUCCGAGAUGCAGACUUUGCAAGACAAAUCGCCGAGAGAACUACAGCCUCCACAAAUACUUCUACAGGUACACAACGAGCCUUUUCUGUCAGCGGAGCUGGAAAGCAUAGCAGACGAGAUGGGGCCCUAUAUGAAGGACACAGAGCUGGGACCAAAAUACCAGUAUGCAUUACAGGCUACGGACUGUAUGUAUGCGUAUAGUUUACUUCAAAUUUUUUUUUUGUUUUCUGAUUUUUUCUUCCCCGUUUGCUUUACUUUGAUGCUGAGUGGUUCUUGCUUCCAACAAAAGAACUUGUGAUGUAGUGGUGCUGCAUCGCAGCCGGCUCUCAAAAAGAAGUAUGUAAAAGCAGAUGACAUUCUAGCGCUUCUAGUUCUACCUGAUUUACUCACUACCAGCUGUGAAGACGUCCGCGAUCACCUGAACGAAAUUUUGGAACUGAUGACGCGAAAAACCGGGGUGCUGGGCAUGGGUAUCAACGCCGGGGAGCCGGUCGAGAACUUGACGGAGCAGGCCGAGAUGCUGAAUAACGAGUACGAAAAGCUCCUGAAGCAGUACCCGGACUUCAAGCCAAAGGUCGAGCAGUCGGUCGGGCAUGGCCUUUAUGCAGAGUGCAAAAGAAAGUGAUAGUAAACCGGAUUUUUAGGUUUUGGAUUGUUUGUCUUCGCGUUCUUCCGCGUCCAAAACGUAUCUUCGCAUGUGUUUGUUGUAUCUACUUUUGAAGCGCGCCGCGCGCGCCGCGUUGUCAUUUGGCUUUUCUUGGAACAUCAUGUAGAGUUAAACCUGUAGACCUCAAUGGAAAGUAAAUAACUGUAGAAGAAGUGGACGUUGUCAUGCGAUAAAAAUACAUGCGAUCGAGAUCGACAUCGAUGUCGAUGCUCACCUCCCGGGGGGCAAAUCGAAGCAACGGUAAAAGAUUUAUUGCUACUUUUGCACGGCAUAUCUUGGCGAUUUUGCGCAUGAAGCACAAAUUCGCGUUCUCGAGCGGCCAUCGGUUCUUCUACUGAGCGCGGACUCGUCCGGUGGAAAACAGAAAAGGAUCGUCGGACUUAUCGCCCGGGAAGGAUGCAAGACAAAGACUUUUUACAACCAUCUCAACAGUUCACUGUAGUCCUAGUCCUAGUCGUAGUCUCUUUGUUUUCACUUUUCUCAGCAAGGAGGUCCUCGCUACUUAUACAGCUCAGUGAAGAUGACAUAGCCUCAGGAAGUAGUGACAUGAUCAUUACUCGGGAACAAGGCAGCAAACCAGUAGACGCAGCUGGUUUAUUGGCUGGUGACCCACGGAUGCUUGCCAAGAAACCUCACGCACUGCAGCUCCGGAAACGAAUGUCACAGCGACGCUUGUGGUCUAAUAGUAAUAUCUCAACGAGGAUUGAACUAGUGCCCUUUCUUGUGGGGGCGAAAGCAAUGGCAGAAGUGCGAACAAGAGGAGAUGAAACGCGAAGAAACACAUUUUUGGUCACCAAACGAAUGCCGUGGGGCGGUUUAUUUUCGCCAGGCUGCUACUUGUACUUUCUUAGUUACAUGAUCUCGCUUAUGCCGAAUGAAAUGAACUAAAAAAUUCUGUUUACAGUGGGGGGCUCAAUGCAAAAUUAGGGAUAGACUAAGAAAAAGGUUGAUACGCUCUUCAGUCGAUUCGCUAGAG